AAGAGCAUUAUCCACUCUCUCACAAUCUAUGAAGCAAACAAAUUGAUUCAUCUCCCUCUCUAUCUCCCAAAAUAUCCCAUCUGGCCAGUCUGAUUAGUUAAUUUCCUUCUAAGAACUUAUAACAUCCCUCCAAGAAAAAGCUAGUAAAGAUUUCCAAAAUGUCACAACCCCAAGUUAAUCCUAUCAAUACAUACAUAACACCGCCUUCAUCCGUUUCAAGCUCUAAUUCCGAUUCCAACGGUUCGUUCGGCCCGGUUUUUGUCAUAUUGGCUGUGGUGGUUGUGCUUUCGGCCAUUGCUUGCGUGUUUGGACGAGUAUGCAAUGGCGGGAAGAGCCCGAAAGGCGCAAAAAAGGAGAGCAAAAAGGGUAAGAAAGGCGAGGAGCGUAAGGCGAAUAAUCCCAUUAGUCACACUCUUGAUCACAAAGAGUGGGGGCAGCCCAGGAAAUUCCAAAAUGAAGAAGAUAUAGAAAUUGGGUUUGAUGUGAAGAGAAAGCCAAAGCCCUCUUCUAAUAAGGUACAUGAAGAUCCAAGAGGACCAAAACCAUAUCAACAUGGUCCUCAACGUGGUCAAGGUUUUAGUAAAGGGCCAGUGCGAUUCGCUAAUAAUGUGUAGGUGAUUAUUACGAAAAAUAUAAAUGGUUUGGGACACUAGUUUGUCGUGCGGUAAAAAGUAAAAGAUGACACAUAUGUGGUCACGUACUUGUUCCCACAAAAAAUCAUUUGUCUCUCUUUAUAGUUUAUUCUUCUUUUUCUUGUAGUUAUUGGCAUGGCUUCAUAAAAUUGCCAUGUUCCUAUUUUAAGCAUGAAGUUUUCAGUCUUUUGAAGCUUCGUUCCUUUUAUAUGCAGUUUCUAGACUUCAAUCGGAAGUAUUGAAUUGAUGUUAUAUGCCAAGAUCGGCAUUCUCCUAUAAGUGUCUCACAUCGAAUAAUACUUCUAUAAGUUAC